CGUUGCACCCAGAGUCGUGGCCAGGUCACCAUCUGUGCACGAGGACGGAGAAUCUCCUCCUAUUCCCAUGGUAACACUAGACCAUGCCCUUCCCGUCACCUCCCUGCAGAUCUGGUUGGUUGACGGAAGGAGAUUGGUGCAGAGGUUUAACCUAUCGCAUCGGAUCACGGAUGUUCAAGAUUUCGUGGCGCGCUGCCAGAGGAGCUGCCCACCUUUCGUCCUGACGACAUCAGUCCCUUUCCGGGAGCUCGACGACAAAGAAUUGAGUCUCGAGGAAGCCGAUUUAGCGAACGCCGUCAUCGUCCAGAGACCCCUGAACACACAGGCGCCGUUUGGACACUCCUGACUAAAAGGGCCCCCCCUGUAAUUCACACAGCACGCCACUUAUUCCCUUCACUUCCACCUCACUAUGACCCUGACCGCAGUCUCAAGGCCGCCUAUACAGUCUGUAUUUACUCUGCAGUUUGUGCUGCAUCUGAUGAUUGUUGUUUACUAAUCUCCGUGUGGGAUUAUCUACAGCCUAAUAAUGGAGAUAUUGUCAGUUCCUCACCACCACAGGUGCUGAGGUGCUGUCAGCAACACAUACUUUGUCUUUUUUUUUUCCUCUGGAGGACAUUGUCUACCUUCCUGCACACCUCACCAAACCCCAAAACCACUUCUGUCCCCCGUGCAGAUGGUCAACCAUGUGUGUCCAUCUGUUGGUCGUACUCUCCCUUCUCCCCUCACACACACACACACACACGUGCACAAUACCACCACCAGCACCACCAACCAACUCUCUAAAGUCUUCCCAAACUGUGAUCACCAGUUUCUCUGCACUAUUUACAGUGGAAUAAACAAGGGGCUGAUAUUUCAACACGUAUCUCUGAGUUUACAGUAAUAUUUAAUGAACGUAUGAUGUUUUAUUUGCACAUUGUUAUGAUUUUAAAAAAGAGAAAAUACAACAGCUUGUUUUUUUGUGUUGGCCUGUUAGACGUUUAUUUAUUGUUUGCCUUUUUGCAGUUUUCGUGAUCAGUUGCCUUUGUUCUCGGGUGGAGGAGAUUUAAUUCAGAAUGUACAAGGUGUUGUUUUAUUUGACUGCAUCCUUUUAAGACAUAUCGCAUACUAAGGGACAAUAAAAAUCCCCCCCAAA